AUGGAGCAAAAAAAUCCUGGAACUGUUACUCAUUUGCAGAUGGACAAUGAAGGUAGGUUCAAAUAUUGCUUCAUGGCCUUAGGUAUUUCUAUAAUGGGGUUUAAAACAUAUAUUCGCCCAGUUAUAUGUGUAGAUGGAACCUUCUUGACUACUCGGUGUGGAGGUACUUUGUUAUGUGCCAUGGGACAAGAUGCUAACAAGCAAAUAUAUCCAAUUGCAUUUUCAGUAGUUGACUCAGAGAAUAAUGACUCAUGGUUGUAUUUUCUACUGAGGUUGAAGGAAGCGAUUGGUGAAGUAGAGAAUCUAGUAUUCGUGUCUGAUAGACAUACUAGUAUAGCAAGUACCUUGACUAAAAAUUUUCCUGAGGCACACCACGGUGCUUGUAUACAUCAUGUUAGCAUGAAUAUCCGUGCGAAGUUCAAAACUGACCAUUGCCAUGAAGAAUUCUUCCUUGCAGCGAAAGCUUAUAGAAAGCGAGAGCUUUUACGCCAUUUUGAGAAGAUUAAAUUCAAAGAUCUUGCAAUUGCUCAAUACUUAGAGAAUCAAGUGGGUUUUGAAAAGUGGGCUCGUUCUUUCUUUCCUAGUCAUCGAUAUAAUUUAAUGACUGCAGGUAUUGCCGAAAGCUGGAACAAUGUCAUUGCUGAGGCACGUGGGUGGCCAAUUACUUGUCUCAUGGAAUUUAUGCGGCACACUUUACAAAAAUGGUUUUUCGAGCGUCGAACUGCAGCAUCAGCGACUACAAGUCCUCUUGCCAUAGAAGUGGAAGAUGAUUUGCGAAAGUUAGCAGACAAGUCCACUACCUUGUUCCCUUUUUCAUCUAGUCAGUAUGAAAUAACAGUAUUGGACGGUGAUCUUGAUGGAGAUGUCGACUUGAGGAGGAAAAAAUGUAGUUGUAGAAGAUUUGGUUUGACAGGUCUUCCUUGUGAACACGCUCUAACUGGUGCUCUAGAUCGUGGCAUUAGUCCAUAUACUUUAUGUAAAUGUUGA